AUGGGGCAAGUGGACUGCAAGCGACUCUGUCUGUCUUUGUUUGACUACAAGACCGAAAAGUAUGUGGUGGCCAAGAACAAGAAAGUGGGGCUGCUCUACCGACUGCUGCAGCUCUCCAUCCUGCUCUACCUGGUCCUAUGGGUCUUCCUGGUGAAGAAGAGCUACCAAGACACAGACACCUCACUACAGAGUGCGGUUGUCACCAAAGUCAAAGGUGUGGCCUACACCAACACCUCAGAGCUCGGGGAGCGGCUCUGGGAUGUUGCCGACUAUGUCAUUCCACCCCAGGGGGAAAACGUCUUCUUUGUGGUCACCAACCUGAUCGUGACUGCCAACCAGCGGCAGGGCAUCUGUGCUGAGCAUGAAGAUAUUCCUGAUGGCAUUUGUUUUCAGGACAAUGACUGCGAUGCUGGGGUGCCUGUUAUAGCUGGACAUGGAGUGAAGACUGGUCGCUGUCUGAGGGUCAGAAACUCAACCAGGGGCACCUGUGAGAUCUUCGCCUGGUGCCCAGUGGAAACAAACUCCAACCCAACAGAGCCACUCCUGAGGGAGGCUGAGGACUUCACCAUUUUCAUAAAGAACUUCAUUCGUUUCCCCAAGUUUAACUUCUCCAAAGCAAAUGUGCUGGACAACAAACAUUUCCUGAAAUCCUGUCGCUUUGGCCCCAAGAGUCACUACUGCCCCAUUUUCCACCUGGGGUCUGUGUUACACUGGGCAGGGAGCAGCUUCCAGGACAUGGCUCUGAAGGGUGGUGUGAUAGGAAUUCAUAUUGAAUGGGACUGCGACCUUGACAAAGCUGCCUCCGAAUGCCACCCGCACUAUUAUUUUAACCGUCUGGACAACAAAGAGACGAAGUCUGUAUCCUCGGGGUACAACUUCAGGUUUGCCAGGUAUUACCGAGAUGCUGCUGGGGUGGAGUUCCGCAACCUGAUGAAAGCCUAUGGUAUACGCUUUGAUGUGAUAGUUAAUGGCAAGGCAGGGAAGUUCAACAUCAUCCCCACGAUCAUCAAUGUGGGCUCUGGGGUGGCACUCAUGGGUGCGGGGGCUUUCUUCUGUGACCUUGUACUCAUCUAUAUCAUCAAAACGGGAGAGUUUUACCGAGACAAGAAAUAUGAGGAAGUAAGGGGCCGAGAGGACAGGUCUCUGGAAUCCAAGGGUGAAGCGAUGAAGCAGGGGCUAGAGGAGGAUGAGCCCCUGGAGGGGGAUCUGCCCCUUGAGCAGCCCAGAAACAGCAGCUGGAAGCAGAAUGGCAGUUUGGACCCACAGAUCCUCCGGCCUGCCAGGUCUGGGCUCCAUGAGGACGCCACGGUGAAUGAGAAACAGCGGCAGAUCUUGCAGACUGUAGAGACGUAGCCAGAACUUCUGGCCAAGAGUAGAUUUGAAGAUGUUGGGGCCAGAAGAGUUCACAGCUCUUAACUGAGAAGAGGCAUCCCUGUGCCUGGAUUGGACAGGGACUUUCUGGAAAAGCCAUCACUCCUGCUUUUUAGAGUCCUACUCUAAGCCUUUUCUUGUGUGAAGGGGAAGACCUUCUGUGACUAGAGCAGUUCAAAUCCAGAAGAGGAGCCCUGGGGCAGGCACCCAGGGAAAGGGCCCGCCAUAGGCCUGGCAAUGCUAGAGUGGUAUGAUUUCUCCUGAAUGGAA